UUAUCGAUAGUUGGAUUCUUGCCGACAUUAAGUAAAGUAACAUAGGCAACACGUUGUUUGCAAAAUUAAUUGAUUAGAUUUUAUUUGUUUUUUAUAUAUACAAUGUUAUAAUUAUAUUUAUCGGUCAAGUGAAUAAGAAACAUUUAGUUUACUGGAAAAUAUUAGCAGCUUGUCUAUUAAAGGACGUGUAAAGGCAGCCACACACCUCGCGUAAAAAUGGCGCAAAAUGCACCCAACUGUAAAGACACACAGGAAAUUCAAUUCAAAUUGCACGACAAGUUUUUGGCGUUUCGAAAAUGUGGCGAUCCGCGCAGCAACGUGAAUCUAUUAGCAGUCUCCAGCAGUCGAGGACUGCUCUUUGCCGGCAAUCCCAAUGCGCCGGAAUUAAAAAUCAUCAUCGUUAAGGAUAUAGCUGCAGCCAAGACGAGCGGAAAGCAGCCUUUGGCGCGACUCGUCAAUCUACCUAAUAAGCCCAACAUAAUAUCCUGCAGCGCCGAUGGAAACCUGCUGGCCAUUAACUAUACGCAACCGAAUGGCACCAGCAUGCUGCCCAUAUAUGCCGUGCAGUCCUUUAUGAGCCCCGAGGUUCGAAUCGUCUAUAAUAUACGAUUAGCUCCCGAGGAUAAUGUCCUCGGGUUGCAGCUGCUGUGGAAUCCAGUGCUGCCUAACAGCUUGGCCGUGGUGCUGAGCAACGGAGGAUUGGCAAUGUAUGCCCUAAAGGAUGGCGGCAAUUUCGAGGUGCAUUCGCUGGACAAGAGUCAGCAGGUGAAGUGCGGCUGCUGGUCGCCCAAGGGCAAGCAGCUGGUGCUCGGCUUUCCCAGUGGUCGCCUGCAACAGUUCAAGCCGGAUCUGACACCUGCCAAGACGCUGCCUUGCCCACCUAAUGUGCACGAUGGCCCCUUCGACACGAUUGCCGUGCACUGGUUGUCCACGUUCCAGUUUGCUGUGAUCUUCUUGCAGCAGGGCGAAGACUGUAACCCUGCCUUGUACAUAGUUAAUGCACCCAAGGCGGGCGUGCCCACCUAUACGAACUACUACGACAUUUGCUACAGUCUAAAUGGACCACGCAGUCAUCAGUUCCAAUUCACGCAUGUGCCCCAGUGGAAUCUUCUCUUGGUUAGCUCUGCAAACGGCGUGGAAGUCGGAGUACUGGGCACCUCGGAGACGGGCGAUACGCCCAGCUGGCAGCAGCUAACGUUGCUGGACGAGGCGCGCAUUGAGAUGCCGCUGAGCGAAGCUACACAGGAGGAGACAUUCCCAUUGGGCUUCGCCAUGGACAUCUCCAGCACACAUCAGCUCAGCAUCAACGACCAACAGCUGCCCACCAUGCCUAUGGUCCAUGUUCUGGGCACCGAUGGCACCUUGCUCACCUUUAACUUUCUCAAUCUACAGCCGGGAGCCGUUUCCAUUUGUUCUCCGCCGCCGCCCUUGGCGGACACUUCAGGAAAAUUUGUUACACUGGAUGCUCUAUUGGGCGCCGAGCAGCAGCCACCAGCAGCUGCGUCAGCAGCAGUUGCACCUGCAGCGCCUGCAGCUUCAGUAGAGGCCAGUACGCCCGCCCCUCUUCAAGACAUGUCCUUUGCCUUCACAUCUAACAUAGUCACUUCCACUCCGGCGCCCACGAAGGAUAAGCCGUCGUCGAUGUUUGCUGGCUUUGCUGCCAGCGAGGCCAACAAAAUGCCGUCCACGUUUAGCAGUGGUUCCACUGUGCCUCUUAGCUUCGGCGCUGCUGCAGCCAAUUCGAUGCCUGCGCCCAGCUUUGGCGGCUUUGGAGCGGGCAAAGCUGCACCCACGGCAUCGACAUCUAUGUUUAGCCUGCCAGUCGGGGGCAACAGUGCACCAAGCUUUGGCAACUUGAAGGCAGCUGCUCCUGCGCAGCAGCCACUCUCGACCAUGCCAUCGGCCGCGUCUGUUGCCAAUAAGGGCACCAGCAGCAGCAAACCUCUUUAUACAGUGCCCCCUAUUUUCACGCCCGCUCCCGCUGCCACUGCUACCCCGAAGCAGCCGCCGGCGGCAAGCAAGAGCUCCGAUUUCAGCGCUGGCGAAGUGGACGAUGUGAUCGUAGAGAUCAUGAACGUGCAGAUCAGCGCGUUCACUGAGCAGAUCGAGCAGCAAAAGCAGCAGACACGAGCCGUACUUGCUCAGAUUGAGUCGCCAUCCACGAUCAAGUCCUAUGCCAAGCGACUGGAGGAUCUGCAAGAGCUAAACGAUCAAGCGAACGAUGUAGACUUCGAGCUGGAUGUUCAGGGGUUGCGUCAUGCUCUGAGCGAAGCCUAUGUCAUGACCGCCGACUGUCGCGCCAAGCUAGAGGUCUUCAAGAAGCCAGACAUAACGCGCCUGAUGACUUCCACAAACUUUGAUGCAGCUGGACGUCGUAUACUAUCCCGACUGCAGAGCUACUUGGCUGCCAACCAGGCGCAGCUGCAGCAGGUUCAGCAGCAAAUCGACGCUCAAUGGGAGCAGUACCAGGACGUGCUGCGUCGCAAUUCCAAGUCGAAAAUGAAUAUGCCCUGUUUGGAAGGCAUCUAUCAGCGUUUGACGCGUCUGCAGAACUCGACCUCCGAUCAGCGCAUCCUGCUGAACAACAUUAAAUCGAAACUAAAGGAGCGCGGAUUGCUGCAGUCCGCCAUGUUAAACCAGGAGUCCAGUCGCAAUCGUACUAACGAAGCCGUCGACACUUUGGCGGACUCCAUACUCUCUAUGAAUUUGAGCCAUGUGGUAGACACAAACCGCGCCAAGCUCUCACAGCAGAAGCUCAAGAGCAUACGACAGCUGCUGCAGCAGCGCCCCGUGACCGUCAUCCGUCCACAAAGGCCGGAUCGUGUGGGUCUUAAGUCAGAAGUUAUUUUGGAGACAAAGCUCAAAGCAGAGCUCAAGAAAAAGACAGAGACGCAAGCAGCCGCAGCCACCACUGCAGCUGCGCGCGCUAAGCCAGCUGUGGCUCACAAGGCAACUCAGGCAGCUGCUGCAGUGCCCACGCAGCUGGCCAAACCCACUGCCUCCAAACCUACCACCUCCAAGCCGGCAGGCACUGCUGCCGGGGAGAAGGCGCAGAGCGUGCCUGCUGUGGCACCUGCAUUGGCGCCUACGCCUGCGCCGUCGUCGUUCAGCUUCAGCCAGAGCAGUCCGUUUGUGAAAACUACGGCGUCGACGGUGACCACGACUACGGUGAGCUCUGGCGAGGCUGCACAGCCCAAAUCAUCAUUCUUUGGUGGCGCUGCGCCAUUCAGCUUUGGUGGGGCGAAGCCCAUGAUGUCUUUUGGCGACCAAAGUGCGACGUCCACGUCGCAAAGUCCAGCUGCGGCUGCCUCCUCUCCCUUUGCGGGCUUUGGCAAUCUCAGUGUCAGUGUAGAAGCAGCCAAGCCUAAGCCAUCAGCUACACCCCCCAAGGAAGUGAGUGUGAAGCCUGCAGAGACUAAAAAGGAUAUGCCACCGCCUGUGGAUCUGUCAGCCCCCGCGGCUGCUGUUACCGAGUCUGCGAAGACUCAGGCACCAAGCAGCGGCGCAGCAAAAGCUGAGCCAGCUGGUAAGCCAUUCAGCUUCUCUGGCUUUGGCAGCAAUGCGGGCAGCACUGUUGGCGGCGGAAGUUCGACCUUCAGCUUUGGUGGCUUUGGCGGCUCACUCUUUGCAGCUACUACUUCUGCGCCUGCAGCUGCUCCAGCGGUUGCUCCUCAAGCGGCAACCACGACAACCGCAAGCAGCAGCAAGCCGGCUACAACAGCAGCGCCCACUGUGACAGAAGCAGCUACAGUUGCUACUCCUGCUGCAGGCAGCGAUGCAGCCAGUUCCAGCAGCGCUGGCAGCACCACUUCGUCUGCUGCAUCCAUUACCACCAGCAGUGCUCUGCCCAUUGACAAUUUAUUUGGCUCUGUGAACAUAUGCAAACCGCAGAGUAAGGACAACGCAGCAGUCACUGCACCGGCCAACAUCUUUAGUGGUUUCCGUCAAAGCGCCACUAGCAGCUUUCCAGCUGUUUCCGCCGCGGGCGAUGCCAGCAAGAGUUUGUUUGGUGGCUCAGUCAGCACUGGUGUUGCAGUUAGCCAACCAGCAGCAACACUAGCAACAACGACAACAGCAGCGUCUACAGGGUCAACAUUAGCAUCAGCAGCACCAACAGCAGCUACAGCUACACCUACAGUUGCGUUGCCAACACCAUCAGGAACACCAGUUGCAACUCCAAGUACAUCUGCAGCGCCAACAGUUGCUGGUGCCACAACAGCACCCACUUCCACAGCUAUGGGAGUCAGCAGCACGAAUGCAGCUGCUGCACCAGGCAGCAGCUUCUCAUUCGCGAAUUCCUUCAGCAACCUGGGCACGACAAGCGGCGCAUCUGGAGGCUCUACAGCAGCAACCAGCUCAGCCACAUCCGUGACGAGCAGUACACCUGGCUCAGUUUUUGGUGGGUCGAACGCCUUUACUCCCGCCACAACGGUCAGCAGUCCGUUUGGAGUCACUGCUCCUACUGCAGCUAGUGCUUCGCAGCCGCCGUCGGGCAAUAUUUUUGGCAAUGUGCCCAAGCCGGAGGCAAGCGUGUUUGCUACCAGCCCAGCUGCACCUCCCACUGGUCUUUUCGCGGCUGCAGCGACGAGCAACCCGUUGCCAUUUGGCAGCUCACCUGCCGCACCGGCUGCCACUGGCGGCAGCAUUUUUGGGCAAGCUACGGCUCUAAAGCCCUCCGGCUUUGGCACUGCUGCCAGUGGCGGCUCCAUUUUUGGUGGUGGCAGCAGUGCUGGCAGUCCUUCGCUCUUUGGCGGCGGUGCUGUUGGCGGAUCCUCCAUUUUUGGUGGCGCUGGCAAUAACACGCAAAGUCCUCCAGCCGCUGCGCCCUCUGGGCCCAUCUUUGGGCAGAGUGUAUUUGGUCAGUCGGCUGCCUCUGGUGGCGGAAAUCUUUUUGGCAAUGCCAGCUCUGCCCAAACUCAGCCAUCGGCCUUUGGUGGAGGCGGCUCAAUUUUCGGUGGCGCUGCCAGUACAACCUCGCCAAUUUCCUCAGGAGGUUCCAUCUUUGGGGGUGGCAGCAGCUCUGGUGGCUUUGGCAGCUUCAGCCAAACAACACCUACGCCUGGCGCUUUUGGCGGUGGCGGCGUCUUUGGCCAGAGCGGUGGCAACUCGGUAGCUCAAUCCGGGUUUGGCUCGCCUCAGCAGCAAACUCAACCGCCCACUGUUGCCUUUGGCGCCAAGCCCGUGUUUGGCGGUAGUCCUGCCUUUGGCGCAAGCCCCACAUUUGGUGGCGCGCCCACAUUUGGUAGUCCCAAGGGCUUCGGCACAUUUGGAACCAGCUCCGGCAUCGUAGCUCCUCCAGCUUUUGGUGCUCCAGCCAAGCCGCCAGAGGGUAAUAUCUUUGAAACGCUCGGUGGCACCGACACAGGUCUCUCCUUUGGCAACUUGGCCCAAACAAGCAACCCGAACAACCAGAAGCCAAGCUAUGGCGGCUCCUCCUUCAUGACCUAUCGAUGAAUUGAUUGUCUUUAAGCGAUGAUUUUGAAUGUGAAUUGAAUUGAAUAAACUUUGAUCAUAUAUGUAUCUAUAAGCAUAAGCAUAA